UUCAGCUUGGAGAAGGAUGGAUCUCAAACACAGUCGUUCUGUGAAGCUGAAUGAUGGGCACUUGAUGCCCAGGCUUGGAUUUGGCACUGCAGCUUCUGGAGAUGUUCCAAAAAGCAAAUCCUAUGAGUUCACCAAAGUGGCCAUUGAUGCAGGUUUUCGUCACUUUGAUUCAGCAUUUAUAUAUGGAAAUGAGGAGCAGGUUGGGGAAGCUAUUCGUGAGAAGAUUGCUGAUGGUACUGUGAAGAGAGAGGACGUUUUCUACACUACCAAGCUUUGGGCUACACACUUUCGCCCAGAAUUUGUCCGUCCAGCGCUAGAAAAGUCACUGAAGAAACUUCAAAUGGAUUAUGUUGAUCUUAUCAUCAUACAUCUUCCAGUUCCCAUGAAGCCUGGGGAUGAACUAAUACCAAUGGAUGACAAAGGACAAUUUAUUUUAGAUACAGUGGACCUUCGUGACACAUGGGAGGCUCUGGAGAAGUGCAAAGAUGCAGGAUUAACCAAAUCCAUUGGGGUGUCCAAUUUCAAUCACAAACAACUGGAAUACAUACUGACCAAGCCAGGACUCAAGUAUAAGCCAGCCUGCAACCAGGUGGAAUGUCACGUUUAUCUCAACCAGAGCAAGCUUCUGGAAUACUGCAAGUCCAAGGAUAUUGCUCUUGUUGCUUACAGUGCCUUGGGAUCACAAAGAGAUCCAAGCUGGGUUGAUCAGAACAGUCCAGUUCUCUUGGAAGAUCCAGUGCUGAAAGCCAUUGCCAAGAAACGGAACCGUACCCCAGGUCAGGUUGCCCUGCGCUACCUCCUGCAGCGUGGGGUGGUGGUUCUGGCCAAAAGCUUCAAUGAGAAGAGAAUCAAAGAGAACAUGCAGAUUUUUGAAUUUGAAUUGACUGCGGAGGACAUGAAAGACAUCGAUGGCAUCAAUAAAAAUCUCCGGUACACUACAUUGCAAUAUGCUGCUAAUCACCCUAAUUAUCCGUUCAAUGAAGAAUACUGACCAUCAAGUUUGGAAUGUUGAUCUGGAAUAUUUGCCUUUGAAACAUGGCUGAGAGUAUCUGUCUUUCAUUGGUGUGACUAAUCAGUAGUGUCUGUAUCUCUGGUGAUGUCUUUGUCAUAGGAAGUAAUAAAAGUUUAAAUAUAACAA